GCCCCAGGCAGUGGCAGAAGCGGGAGAGAACUCAGGCCUGCCUGGUUGUUGCCCCACAUGGCUACUUUUCUAACCUGAAGUCCUACAGUGCUCUGAGACCAAGAGGAUCGAUCAACGCCCGCAGUCCAGCCCAGGCGUCCAAACAAGGCAUCUGUCCUAGGACCCUGUAAGAGUCUGUGGUAACCACCCCCCGGGGUUCCUCGUGAGAUCUUGAGGGUGUCACCGCCCUCGACCCGCGCCCGUGCCCCGCUGGACCCCGGACUGCAUCGCUAGGAGCGCCGCGUGUGCGGUUCCACAAGCAGGAGGCGAGCGGCGCCAGCGGCCUCGCGUGCACGGUUUGAAAGAGGGGAAGGGGCGCACUUCCGGCGUCCACCGGGACCAAGUUCAGAUCAAGUGGGAGUUCUUCAAAGAGAAAGUUUGGAUCCAACGAAACAUGAACAUUCAUGCUUUGGAGACUCCAACUAUUGGAAUAGACUUUCUGAAAAUUUUGUGAAAGCAUGAAAAAUUGACAAGACUGAUUAGUAUGCUGCCUGCAGAGGAUGCAAAGAUGGAAAGACAAAGUCCCUGCCGUUAAGGAGAUUAGAAGCUAACAGGAAGACAGAUGUUCAAGCAAUUAGAGUAUAGUGUAAUCACUGUGAUGAUGGAGCAUCCACCUCUCCCGCACACCUCUACCAAAAUGGCUGCUUUUGGACACACAUUCCCCUUCUAUGCUGGCCCCAAGCCGACCUUCCCAAUGGACACCGCCUUGGCCGUCAUCAUCACCAUCUUUCUGACUGCACUGGUCACCUUCAUCGUCAUCCUGCCUGGCAUUCGGGGCAAGAUGAGGCUGUUCUGGCUGCUGCGGGUGGUGACCAGCUUAUUCAUCGGGGCUGUGAUCCUGGCUGUGAAUUUCAGUUCUGAGUGGUCUGUGGGCCAGGUCAGCACCAACACGUCGUACAAGGCCUUCAGUUCUGAGUGGAUCAGUGUCGACGUUGGGCUGCAGGUUGGGCUGGGAGGAGUCAACAUCACGCUCACAGGAACCCCAGUGCAGCAGCUAAACGAGACCAUCAAUUACAACGAGGAGUUCACCUGGCGCUUGGGUGAGAACUAUGCUGAGGAGUAUGAAAAGGCUCUGGAGAAGGGGCUGCCGGACCCCGUGCUCUACCUGGCUGAGAAGUUCACCCCAAACAGCCCAUGUGGCCUGCAUGGCCAGUAUCGCCUAGCGGGACACUACACCUCGGCCAUACUGUGGGUGGCGUUCCUCUGCUGGCUCCUGGCCAAUGUGAUGCUGUCCAUGCCCGUGCUAGCCUAUGGUGGCCACAUGCUGCUGGCCACAGGCAUCUUCCAGCUGUUAGGACUGCUCUUCUUCUCCAUGGCCACAUCGCUCACUCCACCCUGUCCCCUGCACCUGGGCACUGCUAUGCUGCACACUCAAUGUGGGCCUGCCUUCUGGAUCACGUUGGCCACAGGACUGCUGUGUGUGCUGCUGGGCCUGGCCAUGGCAGUGGCUCACUGGAUGCAGCCCCACAGACUGAAGGCUUUCUUCAACCAGAGUGGAGGAGAGGGCUCAGUGCUGGAGUGGAAUCCCGAGGAAGGGGGAUUCCUGAGCCCCCGCUACCGGUCCACAGCUGAGAGUCCCGAGCCCCAGGACAUUCCGCUGUCAGAGGCUUCCUCUGAGACAUGCUGUAAGGAGGAGCACCCCAGAGAGCCUGACUGUGCUCCUUAAGGAUCCUCUCCCUGGUGGCCACUAGGACUUCCAUCUGGCUCCACAACUCAUCAGAGCCCCAUAAACCACCCAAACUGCCUGAGGGAUGGGUUGUAUGAGGCCCCCAGCUGGAAUCUGGAGGUGGAGUAGAAAAAGGAGGCUGUGCCUAUUGAUGUUAAAAAACAAAGCAAAACAAAAGCCCUAAGGGGCUGAACAGACGCUGGGUCUAUGGCCUUACCCUUACACCCUGUGGCCAUGGUAAGACCAAACGGGGCUCCCCUGUUUCUGCACAGCAGCCCUGCCUUCCUUGAUGCCUUGCCUCUUGGAGGUACCACUUACUGAAACCCUACUUCACCCACAUAAUGACAUGUGUGUGUGUGGGGGGGGAGAUUUACAGUGUGAUUUUCCUCUGGUCCCCAUCAUCCCCCUGUACCUCUCAUCUUCCUUUUUCCUGGGUCCGUUUUGUUCUUUACUUCUCCAACUUGUAUGACCUCUCAGUACAAUGAAAGACAGCAUUGGGAGGGAAAAGAAACCAAACUUCUCA